UUUUUUUAAGAGUCUGGCGCGCUGUUCAAAACACAGAGAAGAAACGCGGGGAGAAGAAGCAGCAACGCAAACAUUAUACCGACAUUUAUAGCUUUCUCUAUUGCGACAUAAACGUGUUCGAUCCGCUAAUCUUACACUGUGGGUGUGUAGGUGAGGUUUGUGAAGAUAAUGACCACGAGGAAGAGGGGGCUCGCCUCUCUGGACUCUGACAGCAGUCACCCGGCCAAGACUGCUGUGAGGCCGGAUGCGUCCCCGAUGAAGAGGAUAUCCACCAGGAAGACACCUCAGUCUCCGACCAAGAAGAAACCAGUCGGGGGUCUGCCAAAGGCCGACUGUCCCUCUCCACAGAAAUCCCCACGAAAAGCAGCAGGAUCUCCUGCCAAAUCACCUCGUGAAUCUCCAUUCACGCCUUCCAUGAUUACAAGCUCCUUCUAUGGCCAGAAGAAGCCCCUCUAUCUCACUCCACUGGAGAGGAAGGCGAUAAAAGACUUGAUGCCUUCGCUUCCUCGUCCUCUUCCUUCCCCUCCUUCCCAGGAGAAAAAGCAACCGCCGAAGAAGAAGAGAAUUGUUAAAGGAGGCAGCAAGCAGAAAAAAGUGGUGUUAGGAUCUAGUAAUGCUGUGAAGGCGUUUACCAAAAGCUACAUGACGUCUCCAAGGAAGAUCAAACUUCCCACACUCGGCAGCAGGUUCUCUGCUAACCCGGCCUCCACUACAACCAGCGCUCCCGUCAGCUUCCCUAAGCCAAUAGAAUUGAAGAAAGUGUUCACCAUCACUUUCAGCAGCCUGAAGCCCAAACCCAAGAUCUUUGUUGGAGCUGCUUUCUUCGGUACAGGGAAGAAACCCAAGUCCAUGUACAAGAAAUCUGCACCGAGGUCCAAGCCAGCUUCAGUCCCGGUGAAAAGCAAAGCUGUCCCGCUGCAGACAAAGACGGAGAAACCAAAGCCAGCUGCUCCGGUGAUGAAGCAACAGAAACAUCCUGAGGAGACGGCCGUCCCUCCGGUCACGACAGAAGACAUCGAGCCGAGCGCCAAACAGCCAAAGUUUGACCCGUUAGACUGGAUGGACUUAUCUGAAGAGCCUGAAACUCCAGAGCCAUUCGGCUCUCCUAAAAUGCUCUUUGAGGUGUAUGGGAUCACCAAGGCGCUGUCGAUCGUGUUGUCAAGGACUCCAACAGCAAGUCCCGCCUCCACAGCCUCAUCCCUCAGUGUUCAGGAUGGAGGCUCGAAGCCCAUUUUAGACCUGCGUGAUAUAAGUCCUGCUGCUAGCCCACCCAAAGAUGCUGCAGGGGUGUAUCCCAUCUUCGGCUCUUCCUCCAAAAGGUUAAGAAAUGCAGCCCUGCAGCCCCCGGUGUCCUGCAGCACCCCCUCCGCCCCGACAGCAUUACUGAGUACUCCUGCAGUCAAAGAGCGACCUGUUCGCAGGAGGAAGGAGAAACAGGACGACGACCAGCUCAUCAUCGACGCAGGUCAAAAGCAGUUCGGAGCGACGACCUGCAGCUCCUGUGGGAUGGUGUACAGCUUGGACAACCCGGAGGACAACUUCCAACACAACCAGUUCCACCAGCGCUUCCUCGAAUCCAUCAAAUUUGUGGGCUGGAAGAAGGAGCGUAUCGUUGCAGAGUUCUGGGAUGGAAAAAUCAUCCUUGUUAUGCCAGGUGAUCCCAAAUACGCCAUCAAAAAGGCUGAUGACGUUCGACAUGUAGCGGAUAGCGAGUUGGGUUUCCAGCAGCUGACUCUGAGCAGACCGGCGCAGGCGAAGACGUACCUGUUCAUCAACUCUGAGCGCAUGGUGGUGGGCUGCCUCGUCGCCGAGCCCAUCAGACAGGCGUACAGAGUGCUGGAGCAGCCGGAGCAUCCCAAAGACAUGACGAAGGACGACUUCAUGGAGCGACACCGCGCCUGGUGCUGCUCCACCAUCCCCGAGCAGGCUCUCUGUGGGAUCAGCCGCAUCUGGGUCUUCAGCCUGGCCCGACGACAGGGCAUCGCCACACGCAUGCUGGACACCGUCAGGAGCACCUUCGUGUACGGCAGCCACCUCACGAAGCAGGAGAUCGCCUUCUCCGACCCGACGCCUGACGGCAAACAGUUUGCUACAAAGUUCUCCAACACACCGACCUUCCUCGUUUACAACUUCAUCGCAUGAAGUAAAAAGCUUGAGGAUGCAUUACUGUUUGAACUCUCACGUUUCAUUAUAAGUAUUGCUUAUCAACACACCUUCCGGCAAUCGUUAAAUUGUCUUUCAUAUGCAAAGCAAUACUUGUUCAGGUUCUUAUGUGGCCUAGGCGUUAGAUUGUAUUGAAGAGUGUUUAAGCUUCAGAUCUUUAGUUACGAUACGUUCUGUGUUCAGGAUUAAAGCAAAAACUUCACUCACAAAAUCUCCAUCUGUAGUCACCCUACACCUGAAAGGUCUAUUCUGGCAAACCUGGACAUUGAAUAAAGUAAAUCAGGGCUGUGAUUUAAUAGAAAAACGAUGCAGUUUAAUCAACCUAACGUUACUAUUUAAAAUGCUCUUUUAGACACGAAACUAUGUCAAUUUAAAUCUGAUAAAGUUUUGCUGCUAGACAGAUGACAUGUAAUACAUUCAUCAAGACCUUUCUGGGUUAUUUUAGAGCAUUUUGUCACUGUGGAGGCAUGUGAGAUGAACAGUGUGCUUGAAAUAUUCAGGGAGGUUUUAAUAAUUCAAAGGACAUUUAGUGGGUGAAGUAUGUUGAGUUUUCAGAGGUUAAUGAUGCGCCUGUUAUCGCUCAGUAUUUAUAUUCCGUUCUGCUGUUGAAUGUUGUGUAUAUUGGCAGUGUUUUGUAUUCAGAUGUUUAUAUUUUGCUUAAUGAGCAGCUUGAAAUGGGCAGGGACUGAACAUAUUUUCCAUUUUUGUAUCAAAGAAACCGAGAGGCCUCCUUUUGAUACGUUUUUUCUUUUUUAUGGUACUUCCAGUUGGACGUUUUUCUGAAUAUUUUUGGAAGGAAAAUAUGUUAAUAGACCUGUUUGAGAUGUGGAGGCCAUUCUACUUUGUAAAUACAUUAAUAAACAUAUUGCCUAAAAUUG